AUGCCCGUUUCAUCCACAACGCUGGGACAUUCUCCAACAACGGCACCAGGUUCUAUUGGUUCAAACACAACACUGGCACCUGCAGCCACAACGACCACAGGUGUUACCACAACGACGGGACCUACAGCAACAACGACCACAGGUGCCACCUCAACGACGGCACCUGCGGCCACAACGACCACAGGUGUUACCACAACGACCACAGGUGUUACCACAACGACCACAGGUGCUACCACAACGACGGCACCUGCGGCCACAACGACCACAGGUGUUACCACAACGACCACAGGUGUUACCACAACGACCACAGGUGCCACCACAACGACGGCACCUGCGGCCACAACGACCACAGGUGCCACCACAACGACGGCACCUGCAGCAACAACGACCACAGGUGCCACCACAACGACGGCACCUGCAGCAACAACGACCACAGGUGUUACCACAACGACGGCACCUGGAGCAACAACGACCACAGGUGUUACCACAACGACGACAACUGCAACAACAACGACCACAGCUCCGACACCCACGACAACUAUGAAGCCAGAUCCUUGUGAUAAAAUCCCAUGUGGCCAAGGGAGCACCUGUGGGGUUCGUGCCAACGAAACCUUUGUAUGCUUGUGCUUGCCUGGUAAUAACUACAAUUAUGAAAGCAACAGUUGUGAGACUGCCAAAGUUUUCCCUGGACAACUAACCUUGCUUGAAUUAGAAUAUGAAGAAGACAUGGAAAACAAGCAAUCAGCAGCAUUUAAUAAUGCUGCACAAACCAUUACUUCUGCGCUGUCAAGUUUUUACAAGACAUUGGAUGGUUACUCUAAUUCUACAGUGCUGGAAAUCCAGCCACGUAAACAGAGCAGAGUUGGGUCAGAGAAGGGGCUCACUGCAUCUGUCGAGAUCAUCUUCAGCGCAAAUUCUAACAUCAAAACAAGUGAUAUUCAAAGUAAGAUGGAAGAAGCUACUAAUUGUAUAGAUUGUCAACUGGCAGGUGGAGUUUUCACAGAGGAAGACCUGUGCACCAAGAAUCCCUGUGAUAGGGACAGUACAAAUUGCACAACAGACAAUGGAUCUUUUAAGUGUAACUGUCGCACAAACUACAUAAAGACGGACUUCAGUAACAGAAUAUGCAUUGCUUGUCCCAGUGGGCAAAAAGCAAAGGAUUCUCUCAACUGCGAGAUGUGUCCAUUUGGUUAUUCUGGUUUCAACUGCAAUGAAUCAUGGCAGCUGUUGCUGGUAAUCGUUGGCUCCGUGCUCGGGGGACUGCUGCUUAUCACACUCAUUCUUCUUCCUGUACUGGCACUCAAACCCUCAAAGAAGAGCUCUAAGAAGAACAAAAAUGCAGACACUGGGAAUUAUGUCAGCCACUUGCCUGCCAAGGCACCAUUGGUUAACAGUAACAGCAGCUUGCCCAACAGCCAGGCACCCUCAAUUAAUGGGUCAGCCUUUGGCAGUGCUGGGGUGCCUAGAAUCCCACGGGCCACAACCACCAGCAGCUGGGACAGCAGGACCAAUCUGGAGAUGAUUCGAAGCAACAGUCGGCAAAACAUGACCCCUGUGGGAAGGAACCCACGGCUCUAUGACGACCAGGAUGACAUGAACCCAUACACUCAGUCUCGUCCUCAGAGCAGCCUCUAUGCUCAGGCACGACCCCAGAACAACCCAUAUUCCCAGAAUCGAGCUCAGGUAAACCCAUAUACUCAGGGCCAGACCAACCCUUACUACGUGCACGACGAUGGAAGACGCUCGAACUAUUGAGGAACCAUGAUGGUUUAUUCUAUAGUGUUGGAAGUUUAGUUGGAAAACCUGUCGGACUUCUUGUUUUCCCCAAAUCCACAAUGGCUGCAUAGGCCUUAUACAAUGGCUGAAGAAAUGUGUAUUGAAUAUGAUUGUACUGUAGGGCAGUUUUGUCCUUUCACUACAUUGACCUGUAUAGUCUCAACCCUAUUCUGACCAAUUAUAAGUUGUUAUAAAUCAUUGCUGUCUUUCCAUGACUAAUCUUUGUGAACUUUUGGGAUAUGAGAUACAUUGUGGGUCUUUUCAAAGAUUUCUCAAUAUUUUUAUUGUCAGUCAGUUGAAAUUGUACUUAUUUAACAAUUGUUAGAUGGCCUUGAACUAGAGCUUGAUACUCUGAAAUGAGAGGCUAUGGGAUGCCAAUUCUAAUGUCUCUCUCGUCUAUGAAUUUACAAAUAUUUGUUUUGCAUGUAAAACAUUUCAGGUUUGUGAUGAGUCUUGUUUAUGUCUAACGCUAUGUUGAACAUGCUUUUGGGAAUGAGACGAGUUUCUUUUAAUAAAACUUUAUAAGUUCUUUCUCCAAAUCAGGACCUGUUAGGUCCCCCUAGAUAUUUGAGUGUAAUUUGUGUGUUUUCUACAAUGAAAUUGUUUGAUGUUCUGUUUUGUAUGACAGAGUAUAUUUGUUUAUGUUUAACUUCUGUCAUGACUGAUUGAUUUUAUUCAGCAUGGAUAAAAUAGCAAUACUUAAAGAUUUUUAACUAUGUAAUGUUUUGUAUUAGUUUUCCUUUUUCACUCAUAUCAUAUGAUAUUUAAUUAUAAAAUGUUUAAAUACAUGGAACCAUAUUUUAAAAUAAAAGA